AUGGAUGUCGACCAGAGUGCCUCAAGACAACGUGUUGAAAAUGGUAUAACUGUUGCUUUGAUUUCGUUAAAUAAACUCGACAGUGAUGGAAAACGGAUUUCUUCCGUCAACUCUCAUAUUGAUGUGGAAAAUCCACCAAUAGUAGAAACAGCAGAAUCGGGUCCACAAUCUUGUAAUGUAGGUGGAGGCGAAAAGACUUUCUUCAUCGACAAAUUGUUUCAUGGGAUUCAUGGCAGUGUUUUAAAGCACAAAAAGACAGUUAAGAGAAUUAUAUACAGCGUCUUACUGCUGUUGUAUCUGGCGUAUGCCGUGUACUCUCUUAGUUUUCGGUUUGGAGACGAGGGUUCCUGGAGACUUCUGAUAUGUACAAUAUUACUACUGAUGUACCUCGGUUGGAGGAUUAUCACGACAUUGUCUGUGUACCAGUCAUUUAGAAAAUCUCUUGGACCGAAGAACCCUGAAAAUAUUACUAAAGCAAAGAAAAUAGUACGAUGGAUGAUGUACUUUAUUGUGCUGGUGCUCAUUGCCGUGUACAUCGGACUCACGGUUAUACAAACGAGCCCACGAAACCUCAUCUCUCUCGGCGGGAUCUUCGUCUUCAUCUUCAUCUUAUUCCUCAUGUCCAACAAUAAGACGAAUAUCAAAUGGCACACUGUGUUUUGGGGACUUUGCCUCCAGUUCGGUUUUGCCCUGGUCAUCCUGCGGACAGAGUGGGGUAUCGGUGCUGUACGCUGGGUCACGAAUAGAUUCAUGGAAUUCAUUGCUUUCUCAGAUAAAGGCUCAGCAUUUAUUUUCAGUGAAAGGUACAAAGAAUUUGACAUCAUAUUUAAGGUUGUACCUUCUGUGAUCGUGUUCUGUGCCGCCAUUUCUGUUUUGUCCUAUCUCGGCGUCCUGGCCUUCAUCGUCUCAACAAUUGGCGGUUUCCUUGGUUACUGUCUACAAACAAAUCCUGUGGAAUCAAUCAACGCUGCCACGAAUAUAUUCAUGAGUGGUAUCGAGUCCUUGAUGAUCAUCAAUGAAUACAUAGACUCACUCACUACAUCCGAACUUUUUUGCAUCUACACGAACGGUGUUUCAUCCAUUGCGGGAUCCGCUCUCGUUGUAUUUUCUAGUUUUGGGGUACCUGUAGAAUACCUACUAACAGCCUCAGUUAUGUCUGCUCCAGCCGCCCUGGUAACGUCUAAACUGGUGUAUCCAUCUGAAGAACGCAAAGACGAAGAUAAAAAAUAUCUUAUUGGAACACGGAGUGGUGUCAAAAGUUUAGUGGAAGCCUUAUCAAAAGGUGGAAUGCAGGGACUACAGCUCAUGGUAAACGUUCUCAUCAACCUUCUCAUUUACAUAUCCCUCUUCGCCUUCGUCAACGCAGCUGUCACGUGGUUUGGGAAUAGAGCAGGGAUGGAGGAGCUUACGCUCGAGAAAAUAUUUUCGUAUGUCCUUUGGCCACUGGCAUUCAUCAUGGGAAUCGAUGCUGUAGAUUGUCUGAAAGUUGCCGAAAUGUUGGGUGUUCGCAUGUUUGCAACCGUGGCCCUAAGCUACAUACAAAUGGGGAAGUAUUUCUCAAACAAAGAGCAAUACAACCAGUACACAGCUCUUUAUAACAACACAGUGACGACAUCUAGUGGCGAUAUUUUCCUUCCGAACUGGAACGCAACAUUAGAAAAUGGAAUUCUAACGGACCGUUCCGAGCUGAUCACUACCUAUGCUAUGUGUGGGUUCGCUAGCAUGCCGUCAAUUGGUAUCUCCCUGGGAUCGUUUGCGGCCCUUGCCCCGAGACGACUUGAUGAAAUAUCGAAGAUAGCCAUGAAAGGGUUAAUAGCUGGUACAAUAGCUAGUUACCUUACUGCAUGUGUCGCAGGUACUCAUAACCGUGCUAUUCAGCAAAACUGUAAGGAAACGAUUGCGAAAAGUUGGUCUGUUGGCACGUCACCCGGUUGUAGGUCUGCCCCUUACCGCUGCUCGUCGCCAAGGUUGUAUGACUUGGAUGGCGGCACAUGCCCCAUAAUAUCCCCAUUGAGGCAGCGGAGGCGGGUCUUGUUUACUGAUGAGUCCCGUUUCGACUCCUUUCGAGGAGACGGUCGACGUCAUGUAUACCGAUGUCGUGGAGAACGUUUUGCCAACUGCUGCGUAGCAGAGACGGAUAUGUUUGGGGGUGGAUCGGUUAUAGCGUGA